AUGGCGCUCAACGCGUCCUCGCACAACUCGACCGGCGAGAAGACGGCGCCCAACACUGCGCCACCACCCGAGCUCGGCGCAGACGUCAAGAAGGACAUCCUGGGUGCUGCUGAACACGACGCUACCGGCCAACAUGCCCCCGGCCGUGAGAACGAAAAGGGCGUAGAGAAGAAGGAGAAGUCGGCCAAGGAGCUGGAGAAGGAGCGCAAGAAGGCUGAGAAGGAUGCAAAAUUCAAGGCAAAGAAGGCAGCAGCCGCCGGUGCCGCCAAAGACGGCGCCGCCGCUCCAGCCAAGGAAAAGAAGAAGAAGGGCAAGGAGGAGGAACAACUACCCGCGUACGUCGAGGAAACCCCAAAGGGCGAGAAGAAGAGGCUGAAGCCCCUGGACGACCCAUACACAAAGGCAUACAUUCCCAAGGUCGUCGAGUCGGCGUGGGAUGCAUGGUGGGACUCUCAGGGCUUCUUCAAGCCUCAGUUCACCGAGAACGGUGAGAACAAGGGUCCGGGCCACUUUGUCAUUCCCAUCCCGCCGCCUAACGUUACUGGAAAGCUGCACUGUGGACAUGCUCUCGCUACGAGUUUACAGGAUGUUCUCAUCAGGUGGCAUAGGAUGAGAGGCUACACUACUCUGUACCUGCCUGGUUGCGAUCACGCAGGUAUCGCUACACAGUCCGUUGUAGAGAAGAUGCUCAAGCGACGGGAAAACAAGACGCGAUACGACCUUGGUCGUCAAAAGUUCCUUGAGAGGACCAUGGAAUGGAAAGAAGAGUACCAUCAGCACCUCACAAACACACUGCGGAGAAUGGGUGGUUCGUUCGAUUGGUCGCGCGAGGCUUUUACCAUGGACGAGAACUGCUCCAAGGCUGUUACCGAGACCUUCGUCCGUCUGCAUGAAGAUGGUCUGAUUUACCGUAGUAACAGGUUGGUCAACUGGUGCACGGCUCUCAACACGGCGCUUAGUACACUCGAGGUCGACAACAAAGAUCUAGCGGGUCCUACCAAGUUGUCCGUGCCUGGGUAUGAGAGAAUGGUAGAGUUUGGUGUCCUCACACACUUCAAGUAUGCCAUCGAAGGCACCGACCAAUUCAUCGAGAUUGCUACCACCCGUCCCGAAACCAUGUUGGGUGACUCUGGUAUCGCUGUCCACCCCAAGGAUGACCGUUACAAGGAUCUCGUCGGCAAGAAGGCUCGCCAUCCCUUUAUCGACCGCCUCAUGCCCAUUGUCGCCGACGAAUAUGUUGACCCCGAGUUUGGUACUGGUGCUGUGAAACUCACACCAGCGCACGACCCCAACGAUUUCAACCUGGGAAAGAAGCAUGGUCUCGAGUUCAUCAACAUCCUGAACGAUAACGGAACCAUGAACAAGAACGCUGGUCAGUUCGAAGGAAGCAAGCGUUUUGAUGUCCGCUACACUGUCGUCGAUGCGCUAAAGAAGGAGGGACUCUUUGUCAAGACGGAACCCAACCCCAUGAAGGUGCCGAUCUGUUCAAGGUCUGGAGAUGUCAUCGAGCCCAUCAUGAAGCCGCAAUGGUGGAUGAAGAUGGACAGUCUCGCCAAGCCCGCCAUCGAGGCUGUCGAGAAGGGUGAUAUCAAGAUCAGGCCCGCAACCUCAGAAAAAGUCUAUAUGCAUUGGAUGAACAACAUCCAAGACUGGUGCUUGUCACGACAGCUAUGGUGGGGUCACCAAAUCCCCGCUUAUUUCGUUGAAAUCGAAGGCGAGGCAGGUGACCGAACGGAAGAUGAACGCUGGAUCACUGGCCGGACAGAAGAGGAGGCACGAGCGAAGGCGGAGAAGAAGUUCCCUGGCAAGAAGUUUACGCUGUCGCGGGACGAGGAUGUCCUCGAUACAUGGUUCUCCUCUGGUCUGUGGCCGUUCUCCACCCUGGGCUGGCCCAACCAGACAGCCGACUUGGACAAGCUCUUCCCCACAUCUGUUCUAGAGACUGGAUGGGAUAUUCUCUUCUUCUGGGUUGCCAGAAUGAUCUUCCUGUCGCUUUACCUUACCGGAAAGGUUCCGUUCAAGGAGGUAUACUGUCAUUCGCUCAUUCGUGACUCCGAGGGCAGAAAGAUGUCCAAGUCGCUGGGUAACGUUGUAGACCCUGUCGACAUCAUGGAUGGUAUCACAUUGCAAAAGCUGCACGACCAGCUUCGUGCGGGCAACCUUGACCCCAAGGAGUUGACCAAGGCGGAGAAGUAUCAAAAAACUGCCUUCCCCCAGGGUAUUCCUGAAUGCGGCGCUGAUGCGUUGCGCAUGGCCCUUGUUGGAUACACCACCGGAGGAGGAGAUAUUUCCUUUGACGUGAACGUUAUCCACGGAUACCGCAGGUUCUGCAACAAGAUCUAUCAGGCCACGAAGUACGUCAUUGGACGUCUGGGAGAAGACUUCACCCCUCGGGAGAAGGUCACGAAGGGAGGUUCAGAGUCACUACCUGAGCGAUACAUCUUGCAUCAGCUCAAUGUUGCCGCCAAGAAGAUCAACGAUCAUCUGGAGGCACGCGAGUUCAGUCUUGCCACCCAGACCGCCUACAAGUACUUCUACGAGUACCUGUGCGACACGUACAUUGAGAACAGCAAAGCCAUCUUCGACGAAGGUAGCGAAGAGCAGAAGGAAAGCGCGAAACAGACACUCUACACCGCCAUCGAGGGGGGUCUCAACAUGAUCCACCCCUUCAUGCCCUUCCUGACAGAGGAGCUCUGGCAGCGUCUCCCUCGCCGACAAGGCGACAAGACGCCCUCAAUCACUAUUGCACCCUUCCCUCAGUACACACCAGACUUUGAAGACGCGACCGCAAACGCAGAAUACGAGCUCCUUGUCGACAGCGCAAAGGGUCUGCGUUCGCUGACGGCUGAAUACGCCAUCAAAGAAGGCGCAGCCACCUAUAUCCAAUCCCUCACCCAAGCCACCCACGCCACCCUCACAACCCCGACCUCCCUCCCUUCCAUCCGCUCGCUUGCCGGAAAGACUGUGGCCGACAUUACGAUCCUGUCGCCCACGGAUACGGCACCGUCUGGCUGCGCCGUCUACACCAUUGGCACGUCUGCGACGGCGUACCUCGACGUUAAGGGUCGCAUUGAGCUCGAUAAAGAGAUUUCCAAGGCGGCAGACCGGCUGAACAAGGCUAAUGAGACGAUUGCGCGCCAGAAGAAGAUUAUGGAUGAUGAGUGGGAAAGCAAAGUUAGUGAUGCUGUUAAAGAGCAGGAGAGGGAGAAGUUGAGGACGGCGGAGUUGGAAGCGAGGAAUUGGGAGGCUAGUAUUGGACAGUUUGAGAAGAUGAAGAUUGACUAUUCUGGUAUCCCUGUAUCCAGCGCUCUUCAUGGUUUGGGAACCAUUGCGAGGCAGCGUGCUGGCUUGCUUGGAGGAGUUGUCAAGUUGACCUAUAUAACUUCGUUCAUCACCUCCGAGGGUACAAGUCUCGUUGAUAUCAUAGGUGGUUUGCCGAACGAGUGGGUUGUUGACGCCGACGGAAACGUCAGCUUCCAGGCAGAUUUGGUCGAUAGAUUGUACCAUGAUGUCCCACGAGAAGAGGCAGAGGAGAUGAUUGCCGCACUUCGACCUCAUGCGCUGGGGGCUUUACAAGGAAAGAUGAAAUCGCCCGCAGCUUGGAGAGAGAUCCCCGUUGCUUACAUGGUUUGCGAGGAGGAUAGAGCGUUGCCAGCUGGUGCGCAAGACGCAAUGAUACAGGGCGUGAAAGCAGCAGGAGCAGAUGUAGAGAUUGACCGGGUCGCUGCUUCUCACAGUCCGUAUCUUUCACAGCCUGACACGGUUGUCAAGUUUCUUUUGAGAGCAGCGGGAGAAGUGGUAGAUGAGCUACCACACGACUUUUCCGACACGAUGGCCAACUCGAUAUCUGCAGACGGCGAUACCCAGCUCAGCUCUACGGCCCGCUACUCCCUGCGAAAACGUCUUGAACGCUCCCCUACUUCGAAUCGUUUACGGCAAAAGAAGCGUGUCUACCGUACUCGUGGCGGUCUAGUCUCAUUACGAAACAUACCCGAUGAGUUUGUCUCCAUCGUCGAGUUCAACUCGCAGACUCCCCUUCUGCAUCUUCCCGGUGAACUGCGGACCGAGAUAUUCAAGUACGCUCUCGGCGGUAUGCACAUAGUCUAUGGUGAUUUCAGAGGAUACAGCACGUGGGCCACCGUAGUCCACACCACCAGCGGCGUUUCCGUCUCUUGGCCGCAAGGGUGCAAGUUCACUCUGCCGCGCGUCUGCCGUCAAGUAUACUCUGAAACUGCUACGCUUGUGUAUUCGCAAAACAUAUUCCAGUUCCCAUCCAUUAGAAGUAUUGAUCGCUUCUUUCAAUCCCGCAAGCUGGCUCAGAUGGAAGCGAUUACGACACUUGUUGUCGAGCCGCUCUGGGCGAACUAUCCUGAUGGAAAGGAUUGUUUGGUACAGAUCCUCGGACGUUUGACAAGACUAACGGGACUGCGCAAACUGUAUCUGAAGCGAUUUCAGGGCCUGUGGGGGAGGAAACGUAUCUUCGACCAUGUCAGGGAAGCGGAAGCUCUUGUGGCGAAGGGGUUGGCUGGCGAUCUUGAGGUGGUAUUUGUGACCUUGCAGGGAGUGGGAACUGAGCAUCGUACGAUACUUCCCUAG